UUGACCUUGUUUUUCAUCCGAGACGAGCUUUAUAUCGUAUUACCAUAAUAAAGGGUUAGUUUGUUAACCCAGUACUCUUUGUAUUUCAAAAUUGUGUAGGACAUGUCAAUAAACUAAAAAAUGUUUAAAAUUGAACUAUUUGUGAAAACAACGCAACGAUACAGUGACCUCGUGUUGCUUUUAACUUACAGCGUGCGUAUUUCAUGAUGUAUUCUGCUGUACGCAUAUAACUUGUUUCUUCAUAUUUCUUAAAAAUAAGAAAAAAGGAAACGGUCAACAUUUAAGAAAUUUUAGCCUGGACUGUAAUAUAAAGUAAAAUGUUCAUAAUAAGAUUCGUAUUUGUGUUUUGUAUACUCUAUGGUAAUUUGGCGACAGCUGCAUUUACAAGUUUUAAGGAACUGGAGAAAGCCUUGUUACAAGAUACAGUAUAUGAAUAUGCAAGCAGACCUCAGUCCUCUGAUCCGGAUGGUGCUACGCAUGUAAAUGUUAGGGUUGUUAUCACAGAUGUCCAGCCAAUACAACAUCAGAGUAUUGACGUCAUUGUGCAUAUACAGUCAACAUGGGACGAUCAGCGUCUACAGUACACACAUUCGAGAAACCCAGGAACAGUGAAUGAAACGCUGGUAAAUACUCUCCACGACAAAGUAUGGAAACCUGAUCUUUAUCUGGAGCCUGAAUGGACGCUGAAUAAUGAUCCUGGAAAAUUGAUCUUGAGAAUCAUAUCAAGUGGGGCAGUUGGUAGCAGUAAAAGGUUUCGAGCAACGAUUCCUUGUUCAACUAGAGAUGUAGGAAUUGAGCAUGUAAAUUUCCUUUGCACAACUCGAGUGAUACCACAUUCACACCUGAUUGACGAGGUGCGAUUGCACUGGACCAAUAUUGAACCGAUGCAACUCCGGUAUGGUGCAGUAGGCGAUGGAUCUCAAAUUACUGGUGAAGAAAAUGGUACAUGCGAAUGGAAUUACUUGAGCGGAAUGAGACAAUCAUGUGUGGAGGUUAAACUGUAUGUAAAAAGGCAUUUUCCAUCCAUUUUUUAUCGUUUAUACAUACCAAGCUUCAUGGCUGUUCUUAUGGCAUGGUCUAGUUUCUGGAUACACAGGGAUGAAGCCUCUGCGAGGAUCAAACUUGGCACCCUCGUUGUGUGGACCGUCAUGACAGAGUACAUUUCAAUCGAAGUCGCUUUUCCGGAAUACUUGGAUAACACUGCGGGAAAUGUCUGGAUGUGUGGCUGUAUGAUCUUCACGUGGGCGUCGUUUAUUUUUUACGUCAUAAUUCACGUGGUACGCAGACGAGAGAAAUCUAAAUCAAGACACGAAGAGGAAAAGGAGAAAGAAAAGGAAAGAGAAGCGAAAAGAACUGGAGAGAGGGCUUUAUCUAUAUCAACCCUCCACCCGGAUGCCAGACUUGCGGACAAUGGGCUGAAGGGCUAUUCAGUAUGGGACAACAGAAAUAAAUUCAAGAUGACCAAAGUAUUUGUGUCCUCGUUCAAGUUGGAACGCUGGUGCCGGCUUUGGUUUGGUCUCCUGUUUCUAGCUUUUACGAUAUUUUUCUUGUCAUACUACGGAAGGGAUUUAUUCUAUUGAAAAAUGUUGCUGUUGAUUUUUAGAAGUAUCUAAGGGCAUAUUUUUUUAAUUACAAACACAAAUGAUAAUGAUAAUUAAACUCAUUGUAAAUCUCAUUGCAAAUGGUAUCUGGACACAUGUGAUAGAAAAACAAUCAGGGUAUACAACAUUUAUUGGUCAUAAGUACUUAGUGGUCAGAAGAUUUUUUAAAUCGAAUAUGUUAUCUAUCAGUUUAAAGAAGAUUUGCUGAGGUCAAAAACCUAAAACAUCAAAUUUGGAACUUUGACAUAGCUCAAGGACGAAUCUGCAAAAGAUAAAAAAGAAAAACACCCAUUACAACAUUAGAAAUUUGAAAGUUAAUGCAAUUCUUAGUAACACUUUUCGUUGUGGUUGUUGUGAUUGUUGCGUCAUUUUGUGAAAAAUUUGCAUUUAUAUAAAUCAUCAUAAAAAUGUUUAGCAGUGCAAUUGACGAAAAGAUCGGCUAAAAAGGCACUAAGCAUUUUCUUUUGGCAGGUGCUAUUUACUCUCCUACGGCAGUGGCAUAAUAUUAUGCACGUAUUCAUAUACAUUGUACAUGUUUAUAUUUUUGGUUCAUAUUAUUAAUGAAUCACCAUUUUUUUCUCUCAGCAUUUUGUAUAUUUCUUUUGUCAAUCUAUGAUACUUAUUUUCCUAACAUUGAGAGAUCAAUUUACCCCUUAUAUAUUGUUAAGAUUUUGAGCAAUUGUUUUUUGUUUUGUUGGGUUUUAAGUCACAUCGAGACGGUAUAAGCCAAGUGGCACCCUUCCAGUUUAUAAACUGUUGGCGGAAGAGCUCCGGUGCUGCUUUGUAUAUUGCUUCAGGUACAAGCGGGCACAUGAAUAGAAAGAACAACCAUAAGCUAACCGUGAAAAAAUCCAAAGUUUCUGGCGAGAGUCAAGUGGUUUGAAGUCAUUGACAAUCACCUGGCCACCAUGGAGGCCCUCAUUUGACCAAAUGAACCUGUCGACAUUGUUCAAUGUUUGAAUUACAAUGUACGUACAUGUCCAAAUGGCUCUUGUUUUCACAGUCCAGAGAUCAUGGAGAUGUCAAAUCUUUGUUGUUUAAUUCUUAAAUAAGGUGUAUAAAAAUUCCAUCAAAUGAAACGAGAAUAUUUUGGCACGUUUUAUAUUUGUAUACAAUGUAUAUAUAUAUAUUUGAUUGUUGUAUUUUUAAAUGUAUGCUUUGUGUAG